AUCAUCAAGCGAGGCCAACGUAAAGUCUUUUGGCAAAAGCAGUUCCUGACAGCGCUGGUUUUUUCUGCCAACUUCAUUUUGAUAUUCGCAAGUUGGUGGUGGCAGAAAUACUACUACAUCUACUUGCCGUUUAUUUCGCUGCCUUUGGUGUUGAAUUGCAUCAUGGUCUUCAUGAUCAUUACUUACAGUAUCAAGAAUCUAGUCUUCAAACCGGAGCAAAUUGUCCCCGCAACGCCAGAGACCAUGGUUCUCGUAAUGCCAUGCUACAACGAGACCUUCGAAGAGUGCACACGAUCUCUAGACUCACUCAUAAGCCAAGUCAGAAUUGACCAGCACAAGAAAGCCAUCAUGAUUAUUUGCGAUGGAAAGGUUCGUGGUCCAGGCAUGGAGAAAACCACUGCACAAUACUUAAUCGAGGACAUCCUCAUGGGCCACGGGACCGAACGCCGAUCGAUUCGCGCAGCUUACCGAGCUUGGGACGGCCAAACGAUGGAUAUUGAAUAUGUCAAGGGUAUUUACAAAGGAGUUCCAUUCUUCUGUAUCAUCAAGCAGCAGAACCAAGGCAAGCGUGAUAGUCUCAUCGUCAGUAGAUCAUUCGUCUACAACUUCAAUCGACGAGCUGAACGUCCCAAGGUUGUCUUCGCCCCAGUAUUUUUUGAGGCAAUGGCAAAUUGGUUACACAAUGAGGCUGAAUUCGAUAUGGUUGAUGUUAUUAUCGGCAUGGACGCUGAUACGGUCUUUGAUAGAGACUGUAUCUCCCACCUCGUGACAGAGAGCCAUUACCCCAACACUGUUGGUGUUUGUGGGUACGUGGCAGUCGACUUUCUUUAUGGUAACUGGAACCUGUGGUCCAUUUAUCAAUCAGCAGAAUAUACUAUUUCUCAGGCACUCCGACGUCUGCACCAGAGUUUGGUGACACACAAAGUCUCAUGCCUGCCAGGUUGUUGUCAGCUUCUUAAGGUGUGCGAAGAGACAUGCGGUGACAGAGUCCUUAUUGACCUCUUUGGAUAUCACCCCAAGCCUCUUGACGGCAUUAUACGUCGUAUUCGCGCUACUGCCUCGGAAGAUCGCAACCACGUCUGUUUGAUGUUGAUGGAGAGUCCCAGAGCCCAGACACGGCAGGCGCUUCGGGCAAGAGCUUACACAGAUGUACCACAUGGGUUUAGGGUCUUUUUAAGUCAAAGACGACGCUGGACCCUUGGUGCCACCUCAAACGAUUUAAUGCUUUUCACCAAAGCUCACUUGUGGCAUUUCAAUUGGUGGGAAAGAAUUGUAGCCUUUUCCAAUGUUAUUACAUGGCUCCUAAAUCCUUUCGUUAUUGCCAGUCUGGGUUGCAUGAUAUACGCCUUCAUUCACAUACCCUGGUGGAUCAUUGUGACAUUCGCCUCGAUUAUGAUCAUCCCUCUCUUGUACUAUGUCACCAUGAUCGCUUGGAUGCCACGAAAUCUCCUGGAGAGAUGUCAGUUCAUGUUAGGUCUAUGUAUCUUUACCCUCUGUGGCCCUUUUAUCAACAUUGGAGUCACAGUCUACGCCAUUUGGAAUAUGGACAAUUUUAGUUGGGGUAAGACAAGGACAGUCGUUGCCGUGACUGGCGAAGUCGAGGAGGCCAGUGCUGAUGAA